GCAGCUCGACUGAGAUCUCACCAUCCAGAAACAACGUCCCUUCAGCAUCCUGCGAGAGAAGCCUCUGAGAGACCUGCUGCGAGCCGACUGGAGGCGGAGGCGCCCUGCUAUUAGCCUAUUUAUUUAGAGAAAAUCUAUAAGCGUUUCCAUACAGAAAGAAAGGACAUGGGAAGACUAAACAUAUUGCCUCACAAUGAUCGCUGGAUUUAAUAGAUUAAUUCGCGGAUCUUCAGUGGCGAGGGGCAUCUGAGAGGACAGGAGCUACUCGACAGCUGGUAUUGUAAGAAAAUGGAGGAUUCACCAUCAAAGCAUCUUCUUGGCUCCAAGAAGAGAGUUAAAAUCCACCCGAACACAGUGACAGUCAAAUACGCCACUCACUUUCCCCAGCCUGGAGACGAGGGCUAUGAUGACGCUCCAUCUUUUGAAGACUUUGGCUCAUUUGUCGAAGAGACCUCAGACAGGAAGCACCUCACUGACAGCAAAUCAGGCAGGACUUUUUUCAGUGCGCUUGACAGUCGGUCCAAACCGGCUGGGGACCAAAAGGAGAAAGGGGUCGGAGGUCAGCUGCAGAGCUUUGGGGAGGCCUCUGUGUUCGCCUCACGCAUGACAUGGGCCGCUCUGUUCGGUGCGGCUCUGGCCCACGGCUGCGUGGCUCUCAUCACACGCCUGGCUGCUGACCGCUCUAGGGUGCCGUCGCUGGAGCUUCUCUUUAUCCGCUCCGUCAUCCAGGUGUUGUCCAUCGCCGUGGUGCUUUAUUACCAGGAGCCUCCCUUCGGGCCUCAAGGCUACAGAUUGCGUCUUUUCUUUUAUGGCGUGUGCAAUGUCAUCUCAAUCACGUGUGCGUAUACCUCCUUCGCCAUCGUCCCGCCCAGCAAUGGCACCAUCAUGUGGAGAGCCACCACGACGGUCUUCAGCGCCAUACUGGCGUUUUUACUCAUCGACGAGCGACUGGGCAUGACAGACGUGGUGACGGUUGUCAGUAGCGUCUUCGGCCUCUGCUUGGUCAUGAUUCCCAACAUCGUAGGUGAGCACCGAUCUCUGGAUUUCUGGAAGGAGGCCUUUGGCUACACCAUGACGGUGAUGGCAGGUUUAAUGGCCGCCCUGUCCAUGAUCAUAUACCGCGCCAUCAAAGAGAGGGUGAGCAUGUGGACUGCGCUCUUCACCUUUGGCUGGACCGGAACGUUGUGGGGAGUGUCCACUAUGUUCAUCCUGCAGGAGCCCAUCAUUCCACUGGACGGAGAGACGUGGGGGUAUCUAAUCGGCAUCUGUGUCUGCUCCACUGUGGCGUUCCUGGGGGUCUAUUACGCCCUCAACAAGUUCCAUCCCGCAUUGGUCAGCACGGUUCAGCAUAUGGAGAUUGUUGUGGCUAUGCUUCUGCAGCUGAUUGUGCUCCACAUGGUGCCCUCGGUGUAUGACAUCAUCGGGGGUCUCAUCAUCAUCAUCAGUGUUAUCGUGCUUACGGCUGUAAAGCUUUACUGGGUGGGCAAGAGCAAAAGACAGGAGUAUGAAGAGAUCCUUGACUCGCCAAUAAAGUGAUCAAAGUUAUUGUUUUAGAAAUAUGUUUGUUGAGUUUGACUUUUCAGACCUUGAAUUAAUGGUACCCACACUCUUAAAAACAAAGGGUCAUUGGCAUCUGUGGUUCCAUGAAGAACUUUUAUCAUCCAGGGAACCUUUUAAUUGCACAAAAGGUUCUUUAGAUUUUUAAAAUGUUCUUCACAGCAAGAAAAAAAAAACCAAAAUUGGUUAAUCUGUGGCAUCUCUGAAAAAAUCCCAUUAGAACCUUUAUUUUUAAGAGUGCACAGAGGUUAUUGUGAAUGUUUGAGAAAAAGAUCUAUGUAAAGUUUAUGUAAAGUUUAUUCAUUGAUGAAGUGCCAUUGUGAAGUUGUCUUUGAAUGUUGUAUUAUGUGAAGCUCAAAGAGGUUACUGAUUCUUAUUGCACAUUAUGAAGUAAUUAUCCAUGUGUAGCUGUGUCAUAUCAUGUUUCAUUAGGUAGUACAUCCAAAUAAAUGUCUGUGCAGAGGAGCUGCAAUGACAACAUGGGAUAUCUUCAUAAAUAUACACUAUUUUCCAAAUUGACAUGGUCAAGAGUGCCCUCUGUUGGUAUUUAGUGACUAUAUGGCCCUGAGAAGCAGUCAGAGCAACAAUUUUUGGCGCAGCCGGAGUAGCCUGAGUGAAUCAAAUCAGUUUUGGCAACAGUGAUUCAGACUGCUGUCUGCCAGAGCUUUUCUGUUGGCAUAUGAUGUUGUGAUUUCCAGUAUAUUGAGAAAUAUUGAGGGAGUCAUGUUCGAGUCAUGUACGUAUUCACUCCAGAAAUGAAAAAGUUUUAAGUUUUGUACUGUAAUAAUAUGUUUUGGCAAGGUAUUCUCAUAUUUGAGGUUAAAGACAAAAGAUUGCAUAGUCUGUUCAGCAGGUCCAAAUUAUUUGACAAAGUAUAUAGCAUUGCAGAGGCAUUGUGUUUAUAACAUUCAUUUUAUGGGAAUAAAAAAAAAAAGCCAUUGCAUGAUCCAUGCAAACAUGGGAUUGUUCAUAUAAUAAUAAUGUCACUUGCAACAUUUUUUUUUUUUUUUUUUUCCAGAAACAGGAAUGAAGUAUCUUAACUCAAAUCUAAAAAUGUCCCUGUUGUGUCUUUAAAAAAUUAACAUCAAAUAGUGUACUGUUUCAAACUGAAAUAUUUUCAAAGAUUUGUUUUCUCUUUAAU